AUGUUGGCUAAUUCCACGAAAAGUUGUCAACUCGAACAUCCGGAUGCACUCGGACUCGCAGUCGAAGAUGAACUUGAAAAUAAAUUUGUCAUAAAUUAUUUAAAAAGUCUGUCGGUCGAAAGUCACACGAUCGUUUUAACAUCCGGUGUAAAAGAAAAAAACAAACCUGGACAAUGGCAAGAUUGGAACAUGAAAGUCGAUCAAAAAGUAAUCAAUUUAGUCGAUAAUACGGAUAUUAAAACUAAUGACGUCAUGUUAUACGCCAUCAAUACGACGAAUUACAAUUGGCAAUUGAUAAACUUAUCAGAAAUGAUAUCGACCAAUAAAACAAAAGAAUGGUACGUAAUGUGUAAAAGACGUUACAAUCCAAGAAACAUAAAUUCUGACCUUCUUAAAAAAUGUUUGAAAUAUUAUAACGGUAGCAAAUGCUACAGUUCGACGAAAAUAACGAAAUAUUGUUGCGCCGUCGAUGAAAAUGGCGAAAUUUGGUUCGGUUGCCCGCAAGAAAUAAUAAACAAACAAUACGAGGACGAUACCGACUGCAUAUGGAGUUGCGGUUCGGACGGUCUUUUUUUACAAGAAUAUCCGAUAUGCAGAGGACAAACGGCAUGCGAAUAUGUUUUAAAUCGGAUUAAAUAUUCGGCACCUGCCGGAAGACACGCCACGAGUUUUUGUCCGAACAAAUUAAGCGGGUAUUCCUAUUGGUACUGUCAUCAUAAUAAAACAUUCAUCGGUUCCCCGAAAACCGUAUGUUGCGAAACUGAUAAAAUUUGCAAAGCCGCAGAUUCAUACUUAAACGUUUGGACAUCUUGCCCAUCUAGAUUGGCACAAAAAAGAGUCACAUGUCCGAAAGGAUCAAUUUUUAAAAAUGCCAUCGCCGAAUGGUAUUGUACGCCGGAAUUAAAAUUCAAAGGUAAUCCGGAUUAUAAUAAUUGUAACAAAGGUGGAAAACCGUGUGAGAAAAAAGACAAUCACGGUAGGUUGUGGAAAAUUCCCGGAGGAUCUCUCGGACAAAAAAUUUGCCCGAAAAAAUUAAAAGGUACUUGUCAUUGGAGUUGUAACGUAUUUGGAAAAUUCGAAACUCUAUUCCCCGAUUGUUCGAAAUGUCAAGCCGAUUGGAUGGAUAAAGUUUCAGAUAAGAUAAAAAAUGGCACGCACUACAAAGUGAUUAUGGAAAUGAUGAAAAAUCACACGGAGAUCGAAGAUUUAACUAUUGGAUUUUAUCACGUGAUUAAUUUAACAACGGCUUGCGUUGAUUUGUUUAAAAAACAAAACAAACAAAACAAAACAUUGUUUAAUGAUUUUUUAAUCGAUUAUUCAAAAAUAUUAAAAAAUCUCGCUGGAAAACCAAAAAUAUGGUCGACGUUUAUGGCUUCGAGCAGGACCGAAUACGCGAAUAAAAUAUUAAAAACAACACAAAAUGCAACAUUCGCAUAUUUAACGUUCAAAUCAGGAUUCGAUAACGAACGUAAAAGUUUCGAUAAAAUUUUAGCAGAUUACGACGAAGACGGUUUCGAUUAUUUCGUUUAUUACAAUACGUCAUUAACGGGUAGUAAAUUUCCUAUAAGUGAUAAUGAUAAUGAUGAUAAUGCGAAAAAAAAUUGGAAAUUAAUAAUUAAUGAGGUCGAGGAUAAUAAGAACGGUACGAAUUUUGCCGCCAUGGGUUUGAUAAUGAAUUAUUCUCUUAGCAGCCUCAUGUUUCCCAUACGGUAA